CAGAAGUAAAUAGCGUAUCUCACGUUCCACUUCAUAAUAUGUUACAAUAGUGAAGAAACGUGGCCACGAUUAUAAAGUAAUCUAUGUUGCCCAUCAUUUCCAUGCAGUUAUCUUGCAUUAAAAAAACCUUUAUUCGUCGACUUCUGAUCAUAUCACCGGCAAAGUUCGCAAACCUCAAGUCAAGUCACGGAAUCCAAUCUCUGGCUGGAAGGGAGACGACUAAGAAAAAGAACCAUGUCCCCACCGGAAGCCCCUAGAGAGUCUCUAGGAGUCGUCCUGAUACAUGGAGGAUUCCACCGUCCCUCCUGCUUUGACCUCGCUAAAGCCCACCUUGAAGAGUCUGGCUUCUCACCCGUCGUUGCCGUCCGGCACCCCAGCGUUGGAUACAACAACAAACUCACGGCAGAGGAUGACGCUCGUAACAUUCAGGUCGAACUGGAGCCUUACCUAGACCAGGGAAAGGAGUUUCUUGCCAUCGCACACUCUUACGGCGCCGUCCCUGUGAUCAUCGCGGCACGGGGUUACUCAGUACCUGAAAGAGCUUCCCGUGGCCAGAAAGGCGGCAUUCGCACUAUUGUCUUCAUAGCAGCGAAUGUGCCUCCCAAAGCUGGCGAAAGCGCCCUGAGCGUCCUUCCCCCCGGCGUAGACAUCGUCGAUGUGGCUGAUGGGCUGAUGUCGGCAAACGCCAAAGCCAAGGCUGCUUUCUACGGCCCCGAUAUGCAAGACGACAUGGCAGAGAAGUGCAUGGCAGAUUUGCUACCCCAGUCGCUGGAAGCAUUAGUGGGCCCUACACCUCUCGGUGCGGACACUCUCACUGUUCCAGCUUAUUAUAUCAUUUGCGAGAAAGACCGGACGGUACCUCCCGCUACACAAGAGUAUCUUGCCUCGACUAUCAAAUCCUUGAAGAGGGUGCUUCGGAACCCCGGUGGGCACUCGGCUUUCAUCACGGAGGUUGUGAAGUUUGUAAAGCAAAUCAAGGAGAUUGCAGAUGAGGAGGCUGAUACCGCUUGAGUUUGAGAUGGGGAACAAUCGACUUCGAGAGCCGAAGGGGAGCUAAUGGGCUAGAAUCUUUCGGACUCUAGGUGGAAAUAUCCUUAGCAGGGUUGCAGUGAUUUCGACGGUACUCAAGAUAGGGCGGAAUUGCUGAUCAUCUCAGUUCAUUACUGAAGAAGCUAGAGUCGUUGCGGAAAUGCUUUGCAACUCAACAUGCACCAAAUCCUUCGCAGUUCACUAUUCAUGCAUAACCAAUCAAACAGCGUUCGCAC